ACAAUGGCGGAAGAGAGUAGGAUGAAUUUGGCUGCUCUGCAGCAAAGAGAUCCAUAUAUAAACGAAAUUGCCGAGACAGCUACACAAGUAGCUUUGUAUUCUUUUAAUCCUAAAACUAAUCAAUGGGAGAAGACCUCCAUUGAGGGAUCAUUAUUUGUAUAUAAAAGGUCGGCUUCUCCAAACAACGGCUUUAUGAUUCUGAACCGACUGGGGUUGAACAACCUGAUAGAGCCUAUCACAAAAGAUUUGGAAUUCCAGCUGCAGGACCCUUUUCUUCUGUAUCGCAAUACUAAAGCAAUCUAUGGUAUCUGGUUCUAUGAUAAAGAUGAAUGUGCUCGGAUUGGACAAUUAAUGAAUAGCCUAUUACAGCUGGCGAUUGAUUAUCAUCGAGCCAAAUCCGACAUGAGACAACGUAGGGCCUCCGAGUCAGACAGCAUGUUGGAAAAAGAAGAAAGCUUACCAAAAAAUGUAGACAUUUUACAGAUGUUGUCAAAAGCUCAGCAUGAAUAUGACAAGUCCAAAUGUGGUAGCUUGCCAAAGGCAAGGGAUCCAAAACCUUUGAUAGAUAACCCCAAUGCUUCAGCAACUAAGGCUUCAAAUUUACUCAGACCCACACCACUCAAGGUGGCUGAAGUUAAUGAUGAAGGUGGAGGGGAACCAGACAGGACUGGGGCUCCAACAGCGCCCCCUGCCACAGCCCCUGCCACGGGUCCUGGGACUGCACCAAUUAGUCUCGAAACCUUAUUCAGGAAUGCUAGUCUACAACAGCAGAGUGGCAACAGACAAGAUCAACCCCGCCCACAGCCAUUUCACAGGUCUGUGUCUAUGACAGAAGGGGAUACUAAAUCUCAAGAGUUAUUACGCCACAUUAUGUCAAGUGGUUCAAUGGUGGAGGACAUAGAAAGGCAGCAACAUCGUGACGUACCCCCCAAACCCCCCUCAGCUCCCUCACUGCAGACACUCCCACAAAACUUCAAGUCAGACCAAAGAAUAUCACCGCCUAAUAAAGUAUCAGAGAGGGAGAACAAGGGAGGCCCUGUUAAUACUAAAUAUGACCUCUCACCUUAUUUGAAAAUGAAUGAAAAAGAGGCAGAUUGUGGAAGUGGGGAGGAUAAAGUGAGAAGGAAGUCCCCCGCUGUUCAGGAGACGGAGGGGACAGAGAGUUUACUGACACCAGCAGCAUUACAAACAUCACUGUCCUUAAGUGCAGAAGUGACAUCUGGUUUAUCUCGGUUACUGCCUCAGAACCCGGAUGUUUUACUGACCCCAAUGGCAUUUACUCAGUCCCCUAAACCAGGGUCACCUGCCACCACUGCAUUAUAUACAACUCAGGACACAACAGAUGACCUUCCAGUAGCUGCUCUUACCCGAGAACAACUACAGCAAGCCCUGAUACAUCUAAUCAAGAAUGAUUCAAGUUUCAUAGACAGUAUACAUCAAGCCUAUCUUAACAGUCUAAAGUUAUCCCACAAGACAUAGCAUUUUAAAGACACACUGUAGAGUCCAAGAAAGCCAAAGGAUUGCCCGUUCAAUCAUGUGACCAGGACUUUAACUCAAUCAUGUGACCAGAAUUUUAACUCAGUCAUGUGACCAAGAUUACAACUCAAUCAUGUGAUCAGGAUUUCAACUCAAUCAUGUGACCAGGAUUUCUUCACCAGAAUCCUCAUUUUUCAUCAGUAGCAGACAGUACUUGAUUUCGUUGUUGUUGUUCGUUGUGAUCAGGACCAAGUUAUAAAUAG